GACAGAGGGGGGGAGGGAGCAGAGCGCCUGCGCGGAGCGGACAGAGGAACCUGAGCUGCGGCUCCGAUCAGAGUCACUCCUGAAAAUAGAGCUGUUGUUAUUCCUGUAACUGUGGCCGUGACUCACAUCUCCACAGAGACGGCGACAGAGACUCGGAGUGAGGGCUUUGUGUUGGAGGAUGAGAGGGGCAGAGGGGCGGAGUGCGGUGGAGAGUGCGGUGUCUCUCAAGAUGGUGCACUGAGGGUUUGGCUGUUUGAUCGCUGUGUCUCUCAACCAAAGAGGGCCAUAAACCAGAGAGCAGCGCCUCCCGGACUGCAGCCCUCACAGAUGCCACAGCCCAAAAGAUGCCGGUCAUCAGACCGGGACAGCUUCUACCGAAAGGACGGCUACAACAGUCACAGGCGGAGGAGGAGGCGGAGGAGGUCGGAGAGCAGUGAAGGGGAUUGUAAACGCAGGCGUGUGAGUUACCGGGACCGAUCGAGAGGCAGAAGAUCAAGGUUGAGGAGUUAUGACAGGAUGUCCUAUCACAAACGGUACGAAGAGCAGCGAUCCUUCGACAGCUACAGACGGGACUACGCGGGCUGCUACGACUCGGAUUAUUACUCUCGCCACUCGCACGACUACAGGCCAUCCCGAGGGGAGGAGAACGCGUACAGGAGCAAAAACAAGCACCGGCGAAGGAGGCAGCGAAGCAGGUCUUGUAGUGGCUUGUCCUCGAGGAGCGUCCAGAGCGACAGGCGGGCUCAAAGCGCGGAGGAUGAUGAAGAAGGGCAUCUCGUCUAUCGGAUUGGCGACUGGCUGCGAGACAGAUAUGAGAUUGUUAAUAAUCUAGGUGAAGGGACGUUUGGCAAAGUCGUACAAUGCACCGAUCACUGCCGAGACAAUGAGCCGGUUGCUCUAAAAAUAAUAAAAAAUGUAGAAAAAUACAGAGAAGCAGCUCGCUUGGAAAUCAAUGUGCUGGAGAAAAUUAAUGAAAAGGAUCCAGAUAAUAAAUUUUUGUGUGUGCAGAUGUUUGACUGGUUUGACUAUCAUGGCCACAUCUGCAUCGCCUUUGAAUUGCUCGGUUUAAGCACCUUUGAUUUUCUGAAGGAAAACAACUAUUAUCCAUACCCGCUGCACCACGUCAGGCAUAUGGCUUACCAGAUGUGCCAUGCCCUCAAAUUUUUACACGACAACAAACUUACACAUACUGAUCUGAAACCCGAGAAUAUUCUCUUUGUGAAUUCUGACUUCAACAUUACUUACAACCCAGAGAAGAAAACUGAUGAACGAUACGUGAAAAAUACACAGAUCCGAGUGGUGGACUUUGGCAGUGCCACCUUCAACCACGAGCAUCACAGCACCAUCGUCUCCACCAGGCACUAUCGGCCACCGGAAGUGAUUUUAGAGCUUGGCUGGUCACACCCAUGUGACGUGUGGAGUAUCGGAUGCAUCUUAUUUGAGUAUUAUCUUGGAUACACAUUAUUCCAGACUCACGAUAAUCGGGAGCACUUGGCCAUGAUGGAAAGAAUUCUGGGUCCUAUUCCUUCCCACAUGAUUCGGAAGACCAGAAAGCAGAAGUAUUUCUAUCGUGGGGCUCUUGAUUGGAAUGAAAACAGCUCAGAUGGAAGAUAUGUGCGAGAAAACUGCAAAUCUCUUCGAAGUUACGUGCUUUGUGACAGAAUGGAACACAGGCUACUCUUUGACCUGAUACAGAAGAUGCUGAUCUAUGAACCAUCCAAAAGAAUCAUGCUUGGAGAAGCAUUAAAACAUCCAUUUUUUGAUGAAUUGACAUCAGAGGAGCGAGCUGUUUGCAAACGGGAUUCAGGUCUUCGAUGAUGUGGAAGGACUUCAUAGACCGAGUGAUGCAAAAUCAGGAUAGUGAAACCAGUCCUACACUGACUGACUGGUGACAACUAUCUUGACUGGUAAUGAUUUAGUUCUAAGUCAUUAUUAUAUGUCAUUGGAUGGCUGGGACCGGUAAGAUAUAAGGGUUGGUUUCACUGUAUCUGUUCAUCAUGGGUGAAAAUAGAAUGGCUUCUCAAAGAGUGGGUGUUGCCUUGUUGGGUGGAGUGAGGUGGAUAAUGCUAUAGUAUCCUAGUGCCACUAGCUUGACCUUCCUAAUCUGUCAGAACAAUGACAAUGAACCAGUUUUUUUUGCUGGCAUUGAGUGACUAGGUGAGAGAUGUGCAACAAUGUCUAUAAAAUAAAAAUACAAAAAAAUCGAUCUUCAAGAGGGAUUAAAGUACUGUAUAUUGCAUAUUUAUUUAAAUAAAGCUCCAUUAUUGAAGUGUGUGAAAACGCUUAUAAAAUAGCUACGUACCAGUUUGCCUCUUCGAGGUGACUUGUACUGGACAUGAUGCAGCAUUUGUCUAGGGCCUGGUCAAAUGAAUGCAAACUGCAGGUAACUUUACCUAGGUCACUGGAUGCUAAGACUGCCCCCUACUUUGUUCGUCUUGCUUGAGAAUAGUUCCUACAAAGGUUUGACUGCAUCACCUCCUGCUUUGAGGAAAGUGCAAAAAGGUAUUUGUAAAGAUUUUAACUCCGAGUACUCUUGAACUGCCUAAAUGUUAAUAUAUUAAAAUGUUAAUGAACUAUUGGACAGGGACUCAUAAGAAGACAUUCCACCACACAAAUUUUGAGGAAUUGUUUUAGUCAAAUGUAAACUCAUUCACUCACUCCACUACUUUCAGCAUUAUUUUACAAUUCCCGAAGGAAUAUCUUCAAACUCUGAUGCAGGACAUAGCUAGUUGUGCUUAAGACAUCCUUCCAACUGCGGAGUAGGCUUUAGUGACCUGUUUGUACACUAGAGGGAGAUUAGUAUUUGACGUCAGCAAAAUACAAAUGGCACUGUUGUGCUUGAAUUUGUUGCUAUUACCAGAUGGCGGCAGUGUUGCAACAUUGAAGAGGAACAAAAGCAGUGCAGUAAUAUGCAGUACGUUCAAUGAUUUUAAUUUACCCUGAAGAAACCAGCUACCCUGUGAUGGCUGAAAAUGAGCAGCCUGACUCAGUAAAUCAGUUGCACACUCACUCCAUUUGCCUAAACAGGCUGACUUGUAAUGGGGAGGAUCUGGAUAAUGGUUUUGACUCUUAUUCAAAUAAGACGAGUUGUGGUUCAGUCGACUCCUAACUGUACUUCAGUGGGUGACGAGGGCAGUUUCAGAAACUGGGUAUCAAGAAUUUUUAAUACGAUUGAUUUGGGGUAUUAGGAGCAACUGUGACAGAAGAAAGCAUAGGAACCACAAGGAAUGUCUUCUUUGUAAAGCGUCUCAGCUAAAUAUAUUCAAAUCUAAUGUUCUAUUUAUGAAGCAGAUUUGUUUUUUUUUACCAAUUACAUAUUUGGUUUACAAGAAGCUUCACAUUACAGUGCACAGUUAUGUUCUGUGCAGUUUGCUAAUAUUUGAUAUGAUCAGUAUUUUGUACUGUUUUUUUUUCUCAAAUUGUUUAUUGCUCAGUGUUGGGAACAAAUUGAUUGUUUAAACAAUCACUUUGAAUUUCUAAUAAAUGCUACAUUCGAUAAAGGAGUGUCGCUCUCUUCCA